AUGUCAACCCAAUCUGUUCAAGUAUGUUUAAAGAAUCAGUCUUAUUCAAAUUGAUACAUAAUUGAGAGAAACAAAUUUAGGGAAGAACUCAUACAAGAUAUAUCGUUGUUCAUUUUGAAUUUAUCAUUUACGAAUUCAUGAAUACUAACAAUUUAUGUUUAGACUUUUGGUAAAAAAAAGACUGCAACUGCUGUUGCUCAUGUUAAAGCCGGUAAAGGUUUAAUCAAAAUUAACGGUUCACCAAUUACUUUAGUUCAACCAGAAAUUUUAAGGUUCAAAGUUUACGAACCAUUAACUUUAGUUGGUUUAGAUAAAUUCCAAGGUAUUGACAUUAGAGUUAAAGUUACCGGUGGUGGUCAUGUUUCACAAGUUUACGCUAUCAGACAAGCUAUUGCUAAAGGUUUAGUUGCUUACCAUCAAAAAUAUGUUGAUGAAGCUUCAAAAAAUGAAUUGAAAAAAAUCUUUUCAUCAUACGACAAAACCUUGUUAGUUGCUGAUUCAAGAAGAAUGGAACCAAAAAAAUUCGGUGGUCGUGGUGCCAGAGCAAGAUUCCAAAAAUCUUACCGUUAA